AUGCCGCAGCCAGCUGUUGUCCUUCUCCCUGUAUUCGGCUCCAAACCAGGCGAUGAGUGGUUCCGCAAUGCCUUCACCCGGGACAUCAAUAAAAUCUACCAACGGAUGGAAGACGUCUCGAAUGGAAAGACUGGCGGUCACCGAGCAAAGGACCCCAAAGUCCAGCCGUUGCUCAAGGACACUUUUGCCAAGCUCAGGCCUCUCGCCCUUCCUAACGGCGCACACUUUCGCGAUCCCAGACUCAAGACCGACUCUCACUUCCAACGCCCCGUCAACCCGGGAUGGGGUACCGGCAAGGAGUUGAAAAAGUCCUGGUUCCGGCUUCAUGGGUGGCCCAUUGUCCACCUUGGUCCUGGCGGCAUAGAAAGACAGGUCCCUUGGUGGAAUUCGUACGACCUGUGA